AUGAAGGCCAUUCUUGCCACCAUCGGCGCCUUCGCUACGCUGGCCCUUGCCCAGGACAUCUCUGGCCUUCCCCAAUGCGGACAAAUCUGCGCUACUUCUAUGUGGGGAGCAGCAAAGGCCGAAGAAUUGGGCUGCAGCGCCAAUGAUCUUGUGUGCCUUUGCAAGAACAAGAACUUCCUCUUCGGUAUUCGUGACUGCUCUGCUGCUACUUGCAGCUCAGACGAUGCCCGAAAGAUGGUCGAGUUCGGUCUGCAGGCCUGUCGCGAUGUCGGAGUUCAAAUCACGGAUGGUGGUAACCAGAGCGGUACUUCCGCUGCCAACCCCUCUGCUUCUUCGGAUACCAAUCAAUCUGGAGCUUCCGCCUCGACUAUCUUUUCUACCGUUACCACUGGCUCUGGGACCGUUGUCGCUCCAGUCUCCACCACGACUUUUGGCAAUUCUGCUUCCAACACUGCAGUUGCCCCAGGGACCAAUGGUGGCCUCGUGAGUACCGUUACGAGUGGUGAGAGUACCUUUGUCGUCACACUCUCCACCGAUUCAACUGCCGCGGCUUCUGAAACCGAGAGCGGUUCUGAAUCUUCGCAGGCUACUGACGCAACCACCGCCACUGAGGGUGCUCCUUCAAGCACGGAGUCUGGUGGCGCUGCAAUGCCCCAGCAAACUCUGGCCCCUGCAGCAAUCCUGGGUGCAGGUCUUGCCGCCCUUCUUCUCUAA